AUGGGAUACAAGACCAACUAUGAGCUUUAUUCUCGAGGAAGCAUCGACAGCAGACGGUUACCCCCGUCAGAGGAGCUUCUCUCACCGUUAGCAAAACUCUACCCGCAUGUCGCGGCUCUGCAGCCACAAUACAAUCCCGACAGCUGCACAUUCACCGGUUACCAUGACACGGGAUUUUGGGCUGCGGCGUACACGAUACAGCCUAUCGAAGAAUCCUCUGUGCCCAUUCGUCGCACCAGUGACUCCUUAGCCGAGACGAUUUAA